UGAUUGGAAAACAGCAGCAUGCGCUGGUACUGCGUCUCGCCGUCCUUGCCACGGGGCGCGCAGCUGCGCGUGCGAGCGGCGCCGAGCGCGUCCGCGGACGAGACGUCGGCGCUGCGCCUGAGCAUCUCGGACAUCGUCGCGGUCUCGUCGGCCCCGACGCCCGGCCGCCCAUGGCUCCGCGUCCUCUGGCAGCAGCAGGAAGGCCAUGUCAUGGCGACGACGCCCGACGACAUGCCACUUCUAGUGCCAUGGGAAACGACGGCGCUGGAGCACAUUGUGUUCGCCAACCCCGAGACGCCGCUGCGCCACGCCAAGACGAACGAGCUCAUGCUGCUCGAGACCGACGCGUACCUUGGCGUGAUCGCGACAAGCGACGAGACGCUCCUCGUCAUGUACCAAGGCGACCAGUUCUACGCCUGCGCAAGCGACACGAUUCCGAUGGCCGAGCGCAUCGCCGACGGCAUGCGCUUCCUCAUGAACCCGACGCUGCCCGAGAACGCGACGAUCGUCGUCCGGCAGUGGCCCGACCGCGAGAGUGACCAAGUCGACGUCAUCACGCAGCACCAAGAAGUGACAGGCGAGAUUCGGUCGGGCGACUGGAUCAAGCUCCACGAGCAAGCGUGGGUCAUGUGGAAGCUCUCGCACCACAACAACCUGCAGCUUUUGCAACCCGCCCACAUCGUUAUGCAGGAGACCCUCGAGAUGCCAGACAACGAUGACAUCGACACGGCAAGUGACGCGCCGCCUGCUCUAAGCGAACCGGCACCAGCCGUAGACGAAAGCCAGACUAUUGACGAGCGGCCUCCACAGGCCGUGCUCGCGAAGCACGAGUCGUGGGACGAUCGGCCCAUUCGCCCGGCCGGGCUCGAAACAAUGGCUUCGCUGAUCGAGGAGCCUGUGGUGUCUGUGCUUGCACCUCCUGUCUCGUAUGAAGAUCGCCCGAUCCGAGCGCCAUCGACGAGCCCUGCCUUAGUCGUCGAACAGGCUGACCCCGUGCACAUGGAGCCGACGGCUAGCGAUGAUGCGCCGGCGUCACCCUCUGCCGUCGCUGCGUGGGACGAUCAACCGAUCCGCAGCGCAUCUGCCAAGGACGCAGUAGAAAUGAGCGUCGAAACUGCGCGGACAUGGGACGACCGGCCUAUUCAACCAGCGGCUAGCGCGUGGGACGACCGGCCGAUCAAGCCAGCGCCAAAUGCCUUCUUGGACGCGCGGCCAGCGGCCACGAACGAUCCCCCGAUGGAUGCAGCAGCCUCGUCCUGGGAUGACCGUCCAAUCAAACCCGCGACCGUGGUCGAGAAGGAUGCGCUGAGCGACGAGCAGCCCGAGACGAAUUCUAGCCACUCUGCGACGCCCAACCAGAGCCCGACACAGGCUAACUGGUCGUUGUCGAUGGAGCCACCGCAAGAUGCCACGACGACGACGUCCGAGAGCCCGAUGGACGACACGACGCGGGCAAUGAGCAGCCCACCGAUCAGCGGCUCACUCGACGUCGACAAGAUCGUGUCACGGGAGACGCGGUCGAGCAGUGCGUGCAGCGACUGGGAGCCGCUCGUGCUGCGUCGCCGGAGCUCGUUUGAAGAAGACGCGCCGAUCGUCACCAACCAAGUGCCAGACUUCGCGGCCGCGCACGCCGAGGACGACGACGAGAUUCCGUUGCCCAAGUACGCGUCGCGCUUGGACGAGAUGCUAGCGGAGCUCAGCGACGUGAGCAUGAUGUGGCUCCUCCAGCUCGACCUUCUCGAAGAGCUCUUCCACCACUUGGAGCUCCACGGGCUUAGCGUCCCGGAAAUGAAGCGCACGAUGGAGAUGCUCGAGAUCAAGGCCAACCAUGCGCUGCACGCCAAGGUCCUCCCCUCCUUCCUGCGGCUCAUGCCGUUCGUCAAGAGCUUUAUGGCGUCCGCGGGCGACCUCCUCGCACCGCACAUGGAACAUUUGCUGCCACCCUUCUUCUCGCUCUUCCAAGAACGAUCCAAAGGCGCGAUCGCAUCGCUCGAGGCGCAUUUACACGACUGGUUUGACAUCCUCGACAUCGUCUUGGUGCUCAACAGCCUCGAGACGGCCGUCGUCGACUUGCACAUGACGGAGCUGGGCACCGCGCGUCUCGUCACGUGGUUUGCGGGCGCGAUGCCGCGCACCAAAGGCGUCCCAAGGGCCAGCCCGCGCCUCUGCGACGCCCUCGUGCAACUCACGAGCCAUCGCGCGACCAAGGUCCGCGACGCGUCGACGCAGAUUUUGACCAACAUCCUCGGCCAUUACGACGGCGCGUCUGCCCCGUCGUGGCUUGCAGGCGGUGCCCCCGAGACGCUGGCGGAGAUCGUCGCCGACAAGUUUCCGUCGAUUCCAAUCGUCGCGUCACCGCCCAAACCAUUGCUCGUCCACGACAACGAUACGGCUCUCGCACCCGCCAAGCCUCGACCCUCGCUGCCGAAAGGCAAGGGUCUGGAGCGCAAGGUCAACUUGGAGAAGAGCGGCGUGCUCAAGCCGUGGCAGCGCAGUGCCGACGACGCACCCGCCGAGCGCAAGCCGUGGCAACGAACCAAGCCAUCCGACGCGGAUCAAAUGCAAGCAGACGGCGCCGCCUUACUGCCACUCGACGACGCUACGACCUCGCCGACGGUUGUUGCAUCGUCGGUGGACAAGGUAACAACGACCGACGGGACGGACGGUGCGAUGAACAAGGUGUCACCGAUGGCGACCAAGCCAUGGGUGCGAAAAGCCACGCCUGCACCAAGCAGCGACACUGGUGGCGCGGUGGCAGCAGAGAGUGUUGACGUGAGCCCGACCGCGUCGACGGCCAAGCCGUGGCUUCGUGCGAAAGCGGCGCCGUCGCAGAACGACAUCAGCGAUGACAUCGUGGUCGCGGCAUCGCCCAAGCCACGGCGGGUCGCAACGACGAAGGACGAGACGACGCCGGUGAUGGAUGAGUUGCCGAUGGACUCUGCUUCCGAUGUCAUUGAGCUGGAGCCAACGCUUGCGGUCUCCGAGACACCGACGACUGUGACGGAUGAUAUGCCUCUGGCCGACACGAUCUCCGAGACACAGACCACCGAGACACAGACCACCGAGACGGACGAAGCGCCAGUAGAAGAGGUCGUCGAUGGGGACAUCUUGGACGACAGCGCCGAAGACCUCGUUGUCUUUGAUGACGACCCACCUGCCAUCGAAGAAGCCAACCCGGUGCUCGGGGACGUCGUGCCCUUGGACGUGGCCGGGUUUCGCGAAGAAGAGUCGGCGGACGAAGAUGUCGGUGCCAAGCAAAGCUGGUUCUUUGUCGAUGAACACGCCGAGGAUGACGACGACGACGACGAAAGUGACGGGCCUCCACGCCGCACUGCAAUGCUCGGCGACAGUGACAGCGAAGGAAGCAUCCACGCCUUGUCGUGGGAGGCGUCUCCGCGCGUGACGGUGCCCGUACUCGGCAACACCGUCUACGACAUCCUCGGCAGCCACCCGCUCGAGUACUUUUCCCUCGAGCCGCCCUCCGACACAGCCGUGCUCUCGCACCACAUCAUCGACGCUCAGGUGUACGACACACCCGACGAGCCGCCUGCACCCGCCGAGGAAGACGUUGUCGAUGAGAUGGCACCCGCGGCCGCCGAGGACGAUGCGGCAGAGAUGGUUCCAGCGACAGCGGACGUUCCCGUGGACGACGAAGCCACGGACGACGAGCCUCCGAUCAGCCUCGCGCCAAAGGAUGCUGUCGAUGACUUUGAGAUCGAAGCCAGCGCGUCUUUUGACGAUAUCGAAAAGGACAAAGCCAUCACGGUCGACAGUCCUGUGAGCAGUGGACGACAGCCGGUCGACGACCUCGACGAGAUGUGGCCAACGAUGGACCACGACGAGGACACGCCCGGCGAGGCUGCGGUGGACACGCUGCAUCUGAAAGCGGAUGACGAAGCUGCAACGAGCGAUGACGAGGCACGCACGAGUUUCUUCCGCGGGCGCUUUGCCAGUGACUUUGAUGAAAUGUUCCCCGAAGAUGACGAGUACCUCGACCGCGUCGACGACGGCUGGAGUCGCGUGCACAGUCGCCGCAACAGUGAUGUGUCGAGUGGCGGCGUCGAGUGGCACAAGCACGACGUCGUCCUAUUGCCGCGCGCUUCGAUCGUCGAAGAAGGCAACGAAGACGACGAGUGCGAGCCGUUCGAGCCCGAGGCCAUCGACCGCGCAGGGUUCUUUGAUGGUUUCGAGACGGAAUUUCCGACGCCGUUGGACGCGACCGACGCCAUGGAAGCGCUCUACGUGCCGCUGGGUUGGUGGAUCCAAGACUGCCACGACCUCCUCGCGUCGUCCGAGUACGACUCGCAGGCGUCGCUGGCCGAGUUUGACAGCGCGUUCUGCAUGCUGGAUGUCUCGUUCGCGCACCUCGAAGGCGACGACGACGCCUUCUUCUGGGACGACCCGAUCGGCGAUGACAUUGUCGUGUCGCCCGCCGACUGGGCCGCCGUCAUCGCGUACCAGCUCAACUGGCAGCGGGCGAAAACCGCGCUCCUCGAGGACUUUGCGACCGCGAUCGAAAUCCUUAUGCUGCGCGACCGGCAGCGCAAGGACGACGAGGCGGCGUGGGCCGCGGCCAACGACGCGCCGACCGAGCAGCGCUCCAAGUCGAUGACCGUGCGUCGGUCGUCGGUGUACGGGUCGCUUCCGAAACGACGGUCCGAGACAACGCUGCAGAAACCCGUGUCGCUGGCGCCAACGCCCUCGGCACUCCUCAUGCCGCCGCGCAUUCGCACGUCCGUGUCGACGACCAACCGCACGCCGUCCGAGACGUCGUCGACGACGUCGUCGCGGCCCGAGUCGCCGGUCUCGUCGCGGUCGGGCUCUCCCAAAGCGCUCAAGAAGACGCCCGAGUCGCCGCGCCAGAUGCCACGGCCACGCGCGUCGUCGAGUGCCGUACCCAGUGGGGUGCGCAAACCUGUGACGGCGUCGGCGCUCGCCCCGCCAACGCGAUCGCUUUUGCAGCCGCCGACGACGACGCUGACGCGGUCGCGAAGCGUGAGCGCUGCGCCUCAAAUUCCUGCGCCGCGCCUGUCGACGACGGGGCUGCGGCCGCCCGGCAAGUCGUCGCUCCGUGCCCCCGCGAGUCGCAUGAGCCUCCCCAAGCCCGUGACCAAAUUGUGAAUGAACGUAGGUACCCUC